CAAAACAGUGGUGCGUGGCAAGACAUAGAUUUCGAUGUUGAAUGGACGUUUAAUUUCUAAUUUGUCAGACGAAAUUUUGUUUGCUCUAAAAAGCGUCCAGGACAAAAAGCUCUUCAACUUUGAAGUUUAUACUUCAUAAAGAAGAUAUUUUCUUGUAUUUCGGAAACUAGUCCAGGAUAGGAUCUGCCACUAUGCCAAACUGUGCACCGUUAAGUUCACACACUCAGGACACCGCCAUUAUAACCAAAGAUAAUGUAUAUGAUCUGAUACCGAACACGUACUCAUUAUCACCCGGUACAGAUGUCACCGUAUCAUGUGUGUCCGGAUUACGGCUUGUAGGCUCGUCUUCGUUCUCCUGUUUAACCAAUGGUCAAUGGAGUUACAGUUCCAAGCCAUAUUGCACAGACCAACCAGAACAAACUCCGUCAGAGAAAACGCUGGACGAUACAUCAAAGAUUAUAAUCGGAGUGGUUUGUGGGAUUGCAGGAUUGAUUGUUAUUGCCUUGAUCGUCAUGAUUGUCGUCAUUGUGUUACGUGAUCGGCGCAGGCGCAGAGAGCGGGAGCGGUUAGUACAAAUGUGGGCCAAUGAUAGGAAGCACGAACAACGCAGAAGGGGCCUUGACGGACCUUCUACGAUAGAUAUGGAAAUGUACACAAGAUAUCCACAAACUGCGUUACCUCCCCCUUAUGACUACGGAUAUCAAUCAUAUGAAAGGAGCGUAGAUAAUCGCAAGUACUCACCCAGACAGGACUAUGAUCAUUUGGAUAAUAGAAGAAAACGAUCAAGCAGAAGUAGAAGUUACGAUGACCUAGCUGAUUCUCCGGAAAAACGCAACCCACGUGAUUUACGAGACCGAGAAACAGAACGUGGUUCCCGGCUUAGCAAUCCAAUGUAUCUACCGACGUAUCAGAGGCAAGGAGACGAUCGUCUUUUUGACAACACGAGAAGGUUUGGAAACAGCAAAAGUUAUGACGAUGUUUCUGAAACUAACGGAAAACCAUACACACGAGAUUGGGUAUCUCGAAACUCAGUGACGAACUCAGAGGAGUAUCUUAGCAGUAGGCCUGGAGUUCAUGGGAGUCGCCAAGGCAGGGACCAAUACCUAUGGAGAAAUACAAAGUAUUGACGGUUUUGUCCUGAGAUGUUCGUGACUUGUUAGCAGAUGUUAAUUAGGUGUUGGAAUUUAAACAAAGCUCAAUUUCGAUGAACGACUGCACGUGACAGGAAGUGAAAAUGUACAAAUACGUCACAGAUACUUGUUAUGUCACUGUAAUCAUGUCAACUAUUUGUUGUUUACAACGACUUGGAUAUUUUAGAAGCAUACUAUAUAAGUUUUGCAUACAAUCGGUUGAUUUCGUAACUAUCCGUGCGUCUUCGGUCGUCAUCUUUCAAAGAAGAAACCCCAUCCAAUCGAUUGAAUUUGAUUUAAAUUGGUACGUUAGAAAUUACAAGAUUUUAAAAUUUCAUCGUUGUUUGUACAUAACCUAUCCGGUUAUUUAACUUAUAUUUUACAUACUUCUAUAUAUAUAUUCAAUGUUCUGUAAACACAGUAUUGUAGGAAUAA